AUGGCUGACUUCUUGUUACCACCGGGUACUAACAGCUUCCACCGGUUCACGCCUGAGUCCUUGGCUGCUAUUGAGAAACGAAUUGCAGAGAAGCUUGCAAGGAAUGCAAAGCAGGAAUACAAAGAGGAGCUGGGCCAAGAAGAGAAACCUAAGCCUCAGUUUGAUUUGCAAGCUUGCAAGAAGCUGCCUGAUAUCUAUGGGACUGUUUCUCCAGAGCUCAUUGGGGAGCCAUUGGAGGACCUCGACCCUUUCUACAGUGAUCGUAAGACAUUUAUAGUACUGAACAAAGGGAAGACAAUCUUUCGAUUUAGUGCCACUCCUGCCUUGUAUAUACUUAGUCCUUUCCAUCCAAUCAGAAGAGCAGCAAUUAAAAUUUUGGUACAUUCAUUGUUCAGUAUGUUUAUUAUGUGCACUAUUUUAACUAAUUGUGUGUUCAUGGCACAAUCAGAGACUCCGUCAUGGAAUAAAUAUGUUGAGUACACUUUCACUGGCAUUGCAUUUACACAAUCAUUGAUAAAAAUAUUGGCGAGAGGAUUUUGCAUGACAGAAUUCACCUUCCUUCGAGAUCCAUGGAACUGGCUGGAUUUCAGUGUUAUUGUUAUGGCAUACAUAACUGAAUUUGUGGACCUGGGCAAUGUCUCAGCCUUACGAACGUUCAGAGUACUGCGGGCGCUGAAAACAAUCUCAGUCAUUUCAGGUGAAAAUCAG